GGGUGACAGAUUAGUAACAGUUGGGUCAGGUUCAUUUUGUUAAAGUUAUUAUGCAGAAAUAUGAAAAGCUCGAGAAAAUUGGAGAGGGCACUUAUGGAACAGUAUUCAAAGCCAAAAAUAGAGAAAACCAUGACAUCGUAGCUCUAAAACGAGUCCGUUUAGACGACGACGAUGAAGGGGUCCCUUCCUCAGCCCUAAGGGAAAUUUGUUUAUUGAAAGAAUUGAAACAUAAAAACAUAGUCCGCUUAUACGAUGUUUUGCACAGCGAUAAAAAACUAACUCUAGUCUUUGAACAUUGUGAUCAGGACCUUAAAAAAUAUUUCGAUUCCUUAAAUGGUGAAAUCGAUGCUGAUGUAGUUAAAUCUUUCAUGUACCAACUCUUACGUGGACUAGCUUUCUGUCAUAGCCACAAUGUAUUACACAGGGAUCUAAAACCCCAAAAUUUAUUAAUCAAUAAGAAUGGGGAACUAAAACUGGCUGAUUUUGGUUUAGCCAGAGCUUUUGGUAUCCCAGUAAAAUGCUAUUCGGCAGAAGUUGUAACUUUAUGGUAUAGACCUCCAGAUGUGCUUUUUGGGGCCAAAUUGUAUACAACUAGUAUUGAUAUGUGGUCUGCAGGAUGUAUAUUUGCAGAACUUGCAAAUGCUGGAAGACCUCUAUUCCCCGGCUCAGAUGUUGAUGACCAAUUAAAAAGAAUAUUCAAACUAUUAGGCACUCCUACCGAAGACUCUUGGCCAGGUUUAACACAAUUGCCUGAUUACAAGCCAUUUCCACUGUAUCAUCCAAGCAUGAGCUUUGCUCAGGUUGUUCCCAAAUUACCAUGUAGAGGAAGGGAUUUAUUACAAAGAUUACUUAUCUGCAACCCAGCUCCAAGAUUAUCUGCUGAGGAAGCAAUGGCUCAUGCUUAUUUUACGGAUUUAAAUCCAAGUGUGAAAAACAAUGAUCGAUAA